GACUGCUGCUCUGCUUUUGCUUGCUUGUGCGACGAGCUCUGUGUGAAAAGAAAGCCAAAUUUUCGGCUGCUCCGCGAAGACAAGUUUUAUAUUUUUUUCCCUUCAAACUUAUUCAAUGAAAAUUAAUCAAUUAAAACUAUUUCAAAUAUAAAUUAAUUGUGUCUAUCAUGUGAUUCAUAAAUUUGUUAUGCUACAAAAUUGAAAGUCUUGCAGUGUCUAUCCUGUCCGCCGCCGAAUGAGAAUCACACAUUUCAUGAAAACUUAAUGUUAUCUUUUGACAAAUAGAAUUGUGCCCGAGUCCCCGAAGAAGAUCUACUGACUGAUCCAGAUUGAGGAAAGGGAAGAAGCAUCGCGAGAAAGAUACAAACACAACCUUUGUCGAUCAUGGGCAAGAGAAUAGCUCCUGAACAGCAAGCUGUCACAGCUGGUAGGAAACGCAAACGAGUUUGCAAUGACUUUCAGCAGCAGGAUACUACUAAAAGUGAACAGGUGAAGUGGGCGGGGGAUUCGUCUUCAUCGCCUAAAUCGUCGCCGCCGCAGACGCCGACAGAGACUAAGAAUAAACAGCUUGCUGUUUUAAAUGCUUCGUUCGAUGAUAACUCUCCCCAGCCAGUUUAUCAUUUGAGGCAAAGUAUGGUCAGUGGAAUUGUGCUUGAGGAUUUAACCGCAAAGAAAUGGAGGCUCGGUAAACCCAUAGGAAAAGGCAACUUUGGAGAAAUAUUUUUAGCAUCAGAUAAUGUGUCGGUGCCCGUUACAAGCGAAAAUGCUGAGUAUGUUGUCAAAAUUGAGCCACAUUCGAAUGGGCCCUUGUUCGUAGAAAUUCAUUGUCUCCUGAAUACGGCAAAGAAAAAUGACGAAAAUCCACUGCCACCUGGAAUGCCAGAAUAUAUAGCAUCUGGAUCUCACUACUUUGGAGAAAACCGCUAUCGAUUCCUUGUGAUUAAACGUUUCGAUCGUGAUUUGCAUUCGUUGAUUAAGAAUCGACGAAUAACCCAAAAGUCGGUAUUAACUUUAGCCCUGCAAAUCCUAGAUGUACUGCAGCAUUUACACGAUAAGGGAUAUUGCCACAACGAUAUCAAAGCACAAAACUUGAUGAUAUCGAAAUGCACUUACCGCAAGAGUCACUUGAUUUAUGGAAGAAUAAACAUGGAUGAAGAAAAUGACAAAAAAGGCAAAGUAAAUGUGAAAAAUUACAGCGGUAGUGAAUAUAGUGACAACGAUAGUGGUAAUAGCUCCGAUGAUGAAGAUUUUGAUGAAGUUAAAAAGGAAGAAGAUGAAGAUGAUGAGGAUGAUGACGAUGAGGACGAGGAUGAGGACAAUGAGGAGGAUGAUGAAGAUGAUGAUGAGGAAAGCAAAGAUUCAGAUAUGUAUAAGACACCAGUUAACAAAAAGAACCGCAUUAAACCUACUAUCCAAUAUAGUGGAUCGAAUCCUGUAAGUUCGAAAUUUCCGGUUCGUUCAUGCAGACGUGACAAAAGAAACUCAAUCUAUGACGAAAUGGUAAAAUCACAUUAUCUGCGGCCAGCCAAGCGAAUCUGUUAUUCUGAGUUCUUCAACGAAGACAAUUCCAAAGAUGACACUGAUGUAGAAAAAACAACAGUUCGUCGACAAGUGCGAAAUUCUGCCCGAAAAUCAGGAUUGUCGUCAAAGAAUAAGAGCUACAUUUUGAUUUCGAGUGAUGAGGAAAACGAGGAUGACGACGACAAGAGUGCAGCCGACGACGAUGAGCUCAUAACAGAGGAACGCGUGUGUCUCAUUGAUUUUGGUCUAGCAUCGAAAUUUAUGGACAAUGGUGUCCAUCGACCAUUUGUAAUGGAUCAACGUCGAGCACACGAUGGAACCUUGGAAUUUACAUCGCGCGACGCCCACAUGGGCGCUCAUUCGCGACGCAGCGAUCUCGAAUGUCUAGGUUACAAUUUGGUGUAUUGGUCACAAGGCUAUCUGCCAUGGCGGGAUGCAGCUGCCCAGCAUCAGAACGAAAAGGUGCACUGGGUCAAGGAGUAUCUGAUGAAGGAUGUCAAGGAAAUGCUGAAGCACGUCUAUGGCAAACAAGUUCCUAAAUAUUUGGGCGAGUAUUUGGAAUAUAUAGGCCAAUUAGCAUACCACGAAAGACCAGAUUACGACAAAUGCCGUCGUAUUUUCCUGCGAGAAUAUGUCUCUUUGGGCUACAAAGCCAAUGACAUACAUUUAAGUACGGAAGAGAUGCUCAAGACAUCAGUUAAGGUCAAAGAGGAAAUCGAAAACAAUAAUGUUAUCGAAACGAAGAACAUAAAGAGUAUUAUGAAGAAUUUGAACGUGAUCAUGCCAUUCCAUGAAAGUACUCUAUCCAAUCGAGUAUCACCUAAGAAUCUGCGUUCGAAAUCUGCCAAGAAAAAGUCCUCAAGGAAGAAGUUCUCGUGGACGGAAAUUCUCUCCCAGGAUCCCGAUCAAAUAGCCAGAGAUCGUGCUGAGAAGGAGUUCGACCGCGAUCCAAUUAUCGAGACCCCAUUAAUCCGCUAUGAAGGCAAACCAACCUACGCCAUUCUUGAGAUACAAAACCGACUGAAAUUCAAAGAUCGCAUUGCCGCAUUCGCCGCCGAUGGGGAUCAUUCUGAUGUUGAAGAGCCACCCGUUACACAUAAUAAACCCUAUUCGAUGAAGAAGCGUAAUACAUUACCUGUCAUAAGUGAAUUGGCACCAACGCGAAAUAGUGUAAAUUGUAACGGAAGUAGUAACAAUAAGGCUGUUGGUGGUGGUGCAGGAGCGCCGCCACCGCCGCCGCCGUCCUCUAGGUCCACCCGAACAAAAGCUGGUCUAAAGACGUCAAACACAACACCAUUGGUAGCAAAUACAACUAGUACAAAGCGUGCAACUGAAUCCAACUCGAACGCAACGCACCUAACAACUAAAAACACACCCAUAUUAACCGAUAACAAGAAACAGCGUCGUACUAGGCGUUGCCUCAUAAAGACUGGAAGCACUGGCGACUUCACAACAACCGAUGAAUCGUCGUGCAGUAGCAUUAAUUCAAACAGCAUCUCCAUAAGUACUAAUCAUCAAAAUGCAGUCGUUAAGAUAAAGGACAUAGACAAAUCAGGAUUGACCAAACUCAAGAGCAGCCGAAGAAGAAAGGUGGUCAAUCGCAGCGAUCGUUGUUCCAGCACUGACCGCAGUUCGAAUAAUUCUUCCAAUGUAAAUAGCGACGAUGACACCAGCAAUUUCAGUGAUCAUGUGACUCUAUUCAGUCCCAAGAAGAAACCUCGAGCAACAAAAAAGCAACACAACAAUAAAAUGCUUCACUCUGCGAAAAAUUCUUCGUCUUCUUCGCCAACAUUAUUAGAAAAUAACGAAGACGUUGUUGGGGCGAAGAGACGAAAGCGUAGUAUACCCAAAAAACGAAAGAGUUCUACUAAAGACGACUGCUCCUUGGGCGAGGGCGAGUUAGACGAAAGAGAUUUGCGAACAUUCAAGAAACGAGCUUGCCGGGGAUGAAAUUGAAUUCAAACAUCCACAUAAAUAUUUCUAUUAUAAAUUGUAGUUUGCUUGUAAUGAGAGAAAAGAGAAAGAAAAAAAAAAAACACUUAAAAACUUAACUGUUUCUACGUACUAGUGAUAAUUAAAAUAUUAAAUAAUAAAUAUAUUUAGAAGAACAUAAAAAAAACACUAAAUAACACAACAUAUGUGUAUUAUGUGUACAAAUUCAUUCAUUGGUAAAUUUAUUAUAUUUUAUCCUGUUAGGUAUUACAUUUAUUAUAUACAUAAAAUAAAAUAAAUACAAAAAUUACUCCUUUGAAAUCGGUCUAUCCAAAUUUUAAAUUACCGAAGGAACACUUGAGGAAACCUAUUAAAAUUAUUAUUGUAGCGUUAAGAUAUAAAAUAUUAUCAAAAUGAUACACAACAUGAAUUAAAAAGAAAAUAAUUCUAAACAGUAAAAAAAAAACAA